AAUUUCGCGCAAACUUCAAAGUUGAGUUCGUCCACAAAAUAAGGCUAUACAAUAUACCUUCGUUAAUAUAGCCUAAACGUUCUUCCUCGCUUUGAAAUCGGAUGAUGAAAGAGAAUGAAAAGAAAUUCUUCAGACGAUAGCGAUAUGACCUACUUAAUGAGUUCAACAAAGACAAACAAACGUUGCUGUUUCUCUCGAUAUUACGGAAGCAUUUUAGCCACUGUUGCAUUUGUUUUUCUUGUAACUGGAGCAGUACUCGCUUUGACAAACGCUUGCGAAGAGUUUGUGAAAACUAAAAUCAGAAAUGGAGUAAAGUUAAAAGCUGGUAAUACUGUUUAUGAUGAAUGGCUGCAUUUCAAAACACCGAUAUAUAUUAAGUACUACAUUUUCAACGUGACAAAUUCAGACGAGGUCUGUAAAGGAGGCACUCCAAAUAUCCAGGAGCUAGGACCAUAUACUUACAGGUUGUUUUUCAACAGGAGAAACAUUAGCCGCCAGAAGAGUAGCUUGUCUUACUUCUCUACAAGCACGUACUUUUUUAAGAAGAAAUUGUCAUGCGAUCUGUGCGAUCCAUUCCACGAUAAUGUAACAACUGUCAAUUUGCCAUUUUUGGCAACACUUGAAAUGAUAAUGAAGUACAUUGAGCCAAAAGAUCCUUCUGGCCUUGUUGUACGCGUUUUGGACAACAUCUUCAUGCAACUGUCGUUGCCUGCAUUUCACACACGAACAAUCAACGAUCUCCUCUGGGGCUACGAGGACAUUCAAUUGGCCCAGGCGAUUGGACUUUUGAGUAGUGUGGCAAAAUUUGGCAUUCCGUCCCUCCAUGUUGAUUUUCCGAAGAGACUGGCGUAUGUGGUUAAUAUGUCAUCUUCGCCGCACACUAUAGACACGGGUGAAGAGGACGUACAAUAUAUUGGAAAAAUAUUGAAAUGGAAUCACUCAGCGAGCAUACCAUGUUGGAAAGAUAAAUACGCUAGAAUGAUAAAUGGUUCAGAUGGAGAGCGUUUCAAGCCUUUCUUAGAAAAAGAUGAUAUUCUGUAUUCGUUUGUUGUCAACACUUACAGUGUAACUACAAUGACGACUUUCGUACAAUUACUCAAAAUGAAUGGUACGUGAGAGAAAGGAAAUAUGUCAAUAGUUAUGAAAGGAAUGGACCAUGGAAAAAAUCGGCCAACGUUUGUUUGUACUGGUAAUAACCCAAGUCACGUAAUUACAUGUUUUGCAUUCUUGUUUACCUCAAU